AUGGCGGAAAUGAUACACUUUAUUUGUAAUCACUGCUACAUAAGCUUCAGAGGGGAUAAAAAUAGACCAUUUUUCUUAACUCAAUGUGGCCAUCUGUACUGUGCAAAAUGCAGAUUGCUAGUUGAAAAACAAUGCCUUCAGUGCCCACGUAUUGCGCCACGAAUACUGCUUUUACAAGAUCCCGUACAAUGCGAUUUCGCCCAUUAUUUUGAGCCUCUCACUAAUACCUUAGCACGUUUGCUACAAGUUUCGCAAUUUCAAAUGAAACAAGAAGCUAUUUUAAAACAACGUUUGGAGGGAUUGGAACAAAAAUACAAUGUUAUGAAGGCAGAAUACUGGCAUAGGGAGAGUUUUAUUAAAGCCCUGGCAGAAAAGUGCAAACAGAUGAAGGCUGUCUGCACAGAAUUGCAGAGAAAAGUAAAUGCUUACGAAAAUAAGCCGAAUUCUGGCAAUAAAUAUCAGACCCCGAUUAAUUUGUUGGGAUCGACUGAAGGAUCUACACGGUCCAGUUUAAACUCAAAGUUUACGCCUCAAAGCUGCAAUACCACAGGAUCAUCAAGUCGUUUCGUUCCGUCCGUCCUACGUUCAGAACAUUUCAAAAUCCCGAUGGGACCUCGCAUAUUAUAUGAGAAACGAAGUGACAACGAACAUAAUUCCGACUGGUCUCAAAAAUCAGCUAGAAGUUCCUCUUCCAUAUUGUCAACUUUUAAAGUUCAUAUCGUAAUACAUGCCAAAGCAGACGACAGCGAUGACCGGAAAUCAGUAGAUGAACGCAGGAAGAAAGUGUCAAUGUCGCGUGGAAUGCUGAAGAAAUCUGAACGUUUUGUCUGGUUAAAGUAA